AUGGAAGACAUGGCUAAAGCUAAGAAGAAUCCAGAAAACUAUCAGUAUAUGCUCUUCGAGGCAGGCCUUGUCAUCAGUUUGUUCCCUAUUGGAGGCCUUCUUGGAGCACUCAUGGCAGGAGCUAUGGUGGAUGAAUACGGAAGGAAAGGUGCCUUGCUGAUCAAUUGCUUCUGCUCUAUGGUGUCCUCUAUGUUUAUGGUUUGCGCCGCUGUGGUGAACACCUCCCUGUUCACGAUGAUUUCACACUUCCUCAUUGGAAUAACCAUAGGCAUCUUCUCCAUCGUGAUCCCAUUGUACCUCAUAGAGAUCUCCCCAUUGAACAUGAGGGGAGCCAUUGGCAUGCUGCCUCACCUCUUUCUAGGUGUAGGUUUGCUCCUGGCUCAGAUACUCUCUUUUCGUGACAUGUUGGGGAACAAAGAAGAUCGGCCAAUACUGACAAGUGUCCCUGGAAUACUGGCAUUAUUUCAGACCAUUGUCGUUCCUUCCUUCCCCGAAAGCCCCAGGUAUCUACUGAUUCAGAAAAAUGAUGAAGAAAGCACCAUGCUAGCCUUGAAGAAGCUGAGGCACCAUGAGGACGUGCAGGAGGAGAUAGAAGAGCUGCAGCAGGAGAAGUUGGCUGAGAAGGGAGAGAAGAACAUGAACUCACUUAAGCUGCUUUGCUUCCCAAGCCUGCGGUGGCAAGUCAUCUCAGUCAUGAUCUUGAUGUGCGGCCAACAGCUCUCUGGAGUCAACUCAGUAUACUUUUAUACAGAGAGAAUCUACCUGUCUACAGGAACUGACCUAAAAUAUGUCCCGUACAUCCGUUUAGCGUCAAGCACUGCCAUCAUCAUUACAGUCUUUGUUGGGAUAUUUAUCGUCGACUUACUGGGGCGAAAGUUACUGCUGCUCAUUGGUUUCGGCAUGUGCACCAUCUUCUGCAUCGUAUUAACCGUGAACCUUGAACUUCAAGUUGGCAUGCAAGAGGGAGAUGCCAAAAGGAUGUCUUAUGCCAACUCGUUUCUCAUCAAUAUUUUCCUCCUGGGACAUGCCAUCGGACCUAGUGCUCUUGCCAACCUGAUAACAGCAGAGAUUUUCCUUCAGUCCUCGCGGUCCUCAGCCUAUGUGGUCGGGGGAUUUGUGCAUUGGUUCCUAAACUUCUUCAGCAUUAUGGUCUUCCUCAAUAUACAGGGAUACGUCGGAUACUACACCUUCCUCAUCUGCUGUCCAAUAUGCGCUGCCACCUUCCUUUUCAUCUUAAAGAUGAUCCCAGAAACUACGCAGCUGACUUUUCUGGAGAUCAGGAAGCAACUGCCCAUCUACGUGCCUCAAAAGCAGAUGAAGAUGGAGCUAACGCCAAGGAGAAACACCAGGCGGGCGUUGGGGGAGGGGCAAAACCCCGUGUAG